AUGAAUAGAGAAGGUGAAAAUUUCUUCGACAAAAAUCGACUUAACCAGAUAUAAAAUAGGAAUUAAUUGAUUCCAGAACCUAAUGAAAUGAUAAAUUCACCCAAUCUAUCGAGAAUCAAUGAUCUAGGAAGUAAUAUGGGAGUAUCUACAAUGUAACAUAUGUCUGAUACAAACAUGGACAAUACAUUAAUUUGUUUGGAAUGUUUAGACCAGUUUGACGAUAGUUUCAAACUACCCUACAGAUUACCUUGUGGCCACAAUAAGGACCAUUAUGAUGAUGAUUUUGAUUAAGGCCAAAUUAAGUCUAAAUAAUAAUUUUAGAAAGAUAGCCCAAAACAGAUAUUAAAUAAGUAAGUUACACAAUUUAAAUCUAUGACUACCCUCAGAAAAGACAUUCCACAUCAGCCAAAUUAAUAAACUCACUAGGCUAGCAACUUUAGUAGAUAGGAAUCUUAGUUAAAAAAUAUCGGUGGUAUAUUUUCAAGGACUAACCUCAAAGCAUUUUAGCCGAUCUAGUCAAUUGAUCUUUAAUCUGCUAUUUCUCAAAGUUACGAUUUUGACAAGCAAUCUUAAUCUUCACGCUAGCAGAUAUCAUCCGCAAGAUCAUUUGUCAAAGAAAAAGAUGUUAAAAUGAAUAUAAAUGUAAAUCCACCUCCAAAAGAAGCUAGUUAUUUAGUAUAUAAAGAACCUGAUAAUGAUUUAUUAAUUCCUGGCUCUGAGUUAAGGGUACCUGAUACUUCAAGAAUAACGGCUUAAUCAAAUUAUAAUGAAAUACUUGAAAACGAUGAUGAUUCUAAUGGCUCAAAUAAAUAGUCAUAUAGGAAAAUGAUGUAGUCUGUCUAAUAUAAAGUUGAAAUAUUACCAGAAGUAGAUAUUGAGGCUGAUCUUUUAAUGGGUAAUAAAGAUCAGUAUGAUGAGUAGAAUUUAUACUUGCCAAAAUAAAUAACUAGUGAUUCAGCUUCAUUGGCCUAAGCUCUAAAAGAAUCUUAGAAAAAUUCAAUAUAGGAAAGUAAUAAAGAGUAAAAAUAAGAAUAGCAGUAAAAUCAAAGAAGGAAAUCUGUAUUAAAUACUCCAUAUGGUUCUAUUGGUUUUGAUAAUAUCGACUAGAUCUAAUAAGAUGUUCAACAAAUUAUGAGCAAUGAUUUUGCGAAUUUGAAUUCUAAGAAAGUCUCAUAGCAUAAAACUAUGCAGAUUAGUGAAAAAACUUCUUAAGAUUUACAGUAAUCAAUGCAAGAUAAUCAAGUAGACAAGUAAAUAGAAUAAUUAAAUACAGAUGAAGACUAUCCUGAAAACCAAGAUGAUGAUGGGGAACUUUCAACGAUGGACUACACUAUGGUGGGAGGAAAAAAGAAAAAAAAGAAGAAGAAGAAGAAAAAGAAAGUUGGAGCAGAAAAAGAAGAAAUCAUUUAAGAACCAGUUACGUAAUUUACUGAAUUCGAAAGUAAACCUACACUGACCAACCCAGGUGAAAUACUUUAAGUUAUUGAUGAAAAGUAUGAUGAAGAAUAGAAAUCACUGGGAAAUCCAAACUACAUGAGAGUAGACUCUAAUUUUGCAGCACCAUAAUCAGAUGCCUUUAAAGGUACAGGUCUCUCAGUCAUAAAUACUAAUCCCCUUUUAUAGUAGCUUAGUACUAUCUAUUUGAAUUCUACAAAUAACGCUUCUUCAAUGAGAUUUGAUGAUGAAGUGAUUAAUCUAGUCCCUUAAAUGAAUUAAACUCAUCAAUCUCCAUCUUUUCAUUCAGAUAAAGAUUAUGCAAUGAUUGAAUCGAAAAAUGAUGAUGAUAAUGCUUCAAUGCUUAGCUAAUAAUCCUCUCCAAAAAAUCAAUAACUAAAUCAGAAUAGACGUGCUUAACAAAUUGGUGGAUUUAUGCCUAAUCCUUCAAUUAUUAGUUCAUUUAAUCCAGGCAAUAUUUCAUCAUAUCCUAAUUACUAAGGACAUUUGAAUAUGCCUAUCGGCUCUCAUAUAAAAAUUGUAUCAAAUGAUCAAACAAUGACUAGAAUUUCAAACGAAACUUUUCAUAACUCUACUCGAAAUGAUAAAUUACCCAAUAGCUAAUCUAAUUACAAUAGCUAUCAAAUAGAAAACUAUGCUUAAUAAGAUAACGUCGAUGCGAUGAGGCAGAGUAUAUCUUUUCUUAAUAUGAUAUGUGAAAUACAUCCAGAGGAGAAAAUAAAGUACUUUUGUAGAGAUGAUAAAGUGGCAUUAUGUCCAGAGUGUGUUGUCGAUCAUGCAAAGCAUGAUUUUGUGUUUGCUGAUGAAAAUGCUGCUGUAGAAGAAACUUAAGAUAAAUUAGAGGAAAUAGUGAAAAUAAAAGAAACAGAAUUUAAAAGAAUUAACACAAUUUUCAAAGAGCUACAUAAAGCUUUAGAUACAAGAGAGCAAUAAAUCAUGGAUGAAUAUAGUAAUAAAACUAAAUAUAGUGAAACUACUCUAAAAAAAGACAUGGAUAAAAUCUAAGAAAUUCUUGUAAAGAUAGAUAGUAUUUAAGUUGAAGUCAACAAAUUCUAUUAAAAAUUAGCUUAGAGUAAAAAGAUUAUUGAGAGUUUCGGAUCAUUUAAUAUCUAAUAAACAGCUUCUUACAGUGCCUCUAAUAGUACUGAUAUUAAGCAAAUUAUAAAUUAAGCAAGUAUACAAGCAUAAUAAACUAAAACUAUGAAGCCAGAAAACCUUAAUAAUAUUUCUUAAUCUAAUGCAGCUGAUCUCUUGAAUAAGUCAAUAAUAAGUGUGAAAUCAUAGCAAAUUAUAAAAAGCUCAUUGCCUUUAUAACACUUGAAUCAUCGAAGUAGAAUGGAUCAAGAUCGAUCAUUUUUUGAUUAAACUCAACUUAUCUCAACUUAGUAUCAGUAAAUAGUAAAUAUAAAUAAUGUGUACUGGCCUAGAUGGGACACUUUUUAACUUUAUAAAUUCGAUGUCAAAGCUAAAAACUGGGUGGGUUAGAGAAAUGUUAAACCCUCCUCUAAAUUUUUAUUCUUUUCUUCAAUUGCUCAUUUACCUAACUUAGAAGGAAUGUUCAUUUUGGGAGGGAGUGAUACUGAUGAUAAUUACUCUAAAAGAGCAACAUAUUUUAAAAAUUAUCAAAGGUUUUAUGAAAAGCCACCAAUGAUACAUAAGAGGGCAUUUUUUCCUUCUAUUUACUGUCUUUAUGAUAGCAAUUUAUAUGUCUUAGGAGGGCAUGAUGGAAUCAACGAUCUUAAUGCUUGUGAAAAAUAUGAUUUUUAAACGAAUUCCUGGCGAGAAAUACAAAGUUUCAUUACAUAAAGAAAUGGUGCAUCAGCUUGCUGCUUUGACCAGCAAAUAUUCUUAUUCGGUGGAAACAAUUUCGAUAUUGGCUCUCUUGAUUCCAUAGAAAAAUACUAGAUAGAUAUAGAUAGAUGGGUAUAGAUUAGUAUAAAAUUGGUAGAGCCGAUUCAUGAUGCAGUUGCUCUAAAUAUGGGAGGAUAAAGAGUACUUAUAUUGGGAGGUUCUGCUGAUGGACACUUCAACAGCAGGUUCCACAUAUACGAUUUAUCUACAGAAGUUAAAACUUACGAGCUCUAACCGAAAGCAUAAUCGAGAAUCUACCUUCCUCCUGUGAUUGACUUCAAUCUAAAUUCUUCAAAUUUAUCUAACUCAAAUAGACCUCCAGCCACUCUGCAUAUAUUUCAGGGAUAUGGAGAUUCAAACUUUGAAUAUUAAAAUGUGCAAGUUGGAUCCCUAAUCUGUAGAUGCAAUGAGAAUUAUUAGAGUACUGUUCCGAAUAAGAUGUAUAAUAAUUUAGUUCAAUCGACAGGCCACCAGUCACCAUCUGGUCUAUCACAAUAAUCUUCAAUUAUAGGCAAAAAGGUACCUCCAUAGACAUCAACAUAGAAGAGUGGAUUUUCGCCAGUUUAAAAUCAUAGCAUUAGACAGAAGAAUUUAUCAAUUCACAGUUAACUUAAGAAUGCACCUCCAGAAAGAAGCUUUUCUCAAAAUUCAGCUGGAAGUAGAAGAAAUGUUAGCAUUACCAAGCAAUAGAGUAUAAAGAAUUCUGCUCCAGUACAAAUCGUCCAGGAUGCCAAAAAAUCAAUGGCAGAUGAAGCAAAACAAGUCUUACUGAGGAAAAAAUUCUCCAAGCUUAUUAUGGGAAAUCUUUCAAAGACAAAAAAUCUUUUGGAAAACUUUAGAGAGAAUGAUCCAAUAGAGCAAGUCGAAAAUAAUCCCUUAAGUUCUAGAAGAGUCAAGAUCUAAAAUAAUAAUGUAUCGUAUGUAGCUGGAGGACAGGUUAAUAUAAAGACACCAUAACAAAAGAAAAAUUGA